UUACUUUCUAACACAUUGCCCUGUUUACAGCAUUAUCGGUCUCACUAAUUUUUAGAUAUACAUACACAUAACUACACUAGAUACAGCUCGGGCCAGCGUGUGGAUGUCGAGGGUCACCAGGAUUAGCGCUCCCAAGUCGAUCCUCAGUACCGACCAACGCGAUUCGGCCGCCCUGACGACCCAGAUGUUCAAGGUGCGCUUUGCCAACCUGAUAUCCGACUUCCGGAACGUGUGCAUCAUCUAUCAGCUGCUGCAGCUGCAGGAGAUCCUCAAUGUGAUGCGGGAGUAUCCGCCGGCCGGCACCAAUCCCAAUGACACCAUCUUCGGUUGGUCCUACAAACAGAAUCUAAAGCGGUUCGAACAGCAAACGAACACCGUCUAUGUGGACAUUCUGGAGAAGAACAAGUCGGAGGCCACGCUCGACGACCUCAAGUUCUAUGUGGAUCUUGGGGAACUAAUCGGUCUGGUGCAGGCCCUUCUGGACGAUGUCGUCCACGAUAGAGAUCUCUGCGCCUCGCGUGGCUUCAUGGAACUCCUCAAAGAUACCCAGGUGGACAUAGACAAGCUGAUUGCCGUGCCCUACGAGACAAUAAUGGCCGAACACGACUCUUUAGUUGAGGAGGAUGCAAAGAAGAACCGGGUUGGAAAAUUCCACAAUCCUAAAUUGGUGGCCAAACAGCAUGCCCUUAACAAGGAGCGAUUCCAGAUCGAUUAUAUGAGUCCCAUAGAAACCCGAUACAAAGUGAAUUGGACACACGAUAAUGUGGAGCAGGGACAAUAUAUUGAUUUCCUUCGCUGCAAGGUACUUUCCGAUGAGUUGGACAAAAUUGAGGAGCUCACCCGCAAGGAUUCGCAUGUGUGGAGAAGCUGCCAUUUGGAGUAUGUGACUCUGAUCGAGCAGUACAAGAAUCGCAUUAAUUCGGUCCAGAAGGCCUACGACGACGAUAUGGAAACAGCCGAGAACAUGCUACAGGCCACCAUCAACAAGGUGAGCAAGUGCAAGGAGGACCUAAGAUCGUACAAGGAAAGAGUGGAGAUUUUCCACCAGAAAAUUCAAGAAGUGCGGGAUAAGAUGGCAAAGGAAGCGGAAAAAGAACGUGCCCGUUUGUCAGCGGCUCGAGUUUCAAAGAGAUUGUCCAGGAUAUUGGCUAAACAAAAGGAAGAGAAAAAGGCUGCCGCCAAACAGGCCAAGUUAGAAAAACGGCUGGCAAGGCGAAAUAAAAGUGAAGUCGUCGUUUCACCUCCAACAAAUUAAAGAUCGUAUAGCUUAACUUUAAAAUUACAAUAAUGUUUAUACGAGACAAUUUGGUUUAAUAACUUUUUGCCUACAAUAAAAUUUAUUAAUUCCAGAAACUAAA